CUCGCCGGAAGUUGCUUGCUCAUCGCACUCUUUCAAAGAUGGCUCUUGCUAGUGUGUUAAGUAGUGAUUGUCCGGAUUUUUCGUCUGAUUAUCGGCAGCCAUUCGCUUUCGGCUGCGGUUCCGGACAGAACGAAGGAGAAUCUGAAGCUGGACCGGGGGAAAGUCUCAGUUUUUGCGUUAAGAACUCGCUGCUCGCUGGGGAUGAAGACGGCGUUGAGAGGAAAAUAGAGUUUCUGCACGGAACAACGACAUUAGCGUUUAAAUUCCAGCAUGGCGUUAUCGUGGCGGUGGACUCUCGGGCCACGGCGGGCUCCUACAUCGCCUCGCAGACGGUGAAGAAGGUGAUUGAGAUCAACCCUUACCUCCUGGGGACCAUGGCCGGCGGCGCCGCAGACUGCAGCUUCUGGGAGCGCCUGCUCGCCCGUCAGUGCCGCAUCUACGAGCUGCGCAACAAAGAGCGCAUCUCUGUGGCGGCCGCCUCGAAGCUGCUGGCCAACAUGGUGUACCAGUACAAAGGCAUGGGACUCAGCAUGGGCACCAUGGUGUGCGGCUGGGACAAGAGAGGACCUGGGCUGUACUACGUUGACUCGGAGGGCAAUCGGGUGUGCGGCGACCUGUUCGCGGUGGGCUCAGGCUCCAUGUACGCCUAUGGCGUAAUGGACAGCGGCCUGCAGCACAGCCUGAGUGUGGAGGAGGCUUGCGAACUGGGCCGCCGUGCCAUCUACCAGGCGACGUACCGUGACGCCUACAGCGGAGGGCAAGUCAACUUGUACCACGUCCACAGCAAAGGUUGGACACGGGUCUCCCAGACCGACGUUCUGACGCUGCACCAGCAGUACAAAGAGGAAGCGUAACUGAUGGGGAAGAAGGAAGUUGAGAGGAGUGGUUGGAGAG